AUGUUUUUCUCUCGCAUUGCCGUUCUGGCAGCUUUGGCUAGCUACGCCACUGCUCAAACUUCGACCGACUGUGACCCGACGAAGAAGUCAUGUCCUGCGGAUCCUGCCCUCGGAACCGAACACACAUGGAACUUCAACACCACCUUGGACGAAAAGAUCUGGAAUAUGGCCACCGGAACCUACAAUUACGAUGACAAUGGAGCCAAGUUUACCCUCUCCAAGGAGGGAGAGUCCACCCUUCUACAGUCCAACUUCUAUAUCUUCUUCGGUGUCGUCGAAGCUCACGUCAAGAUGGCCAAGGGCGGAGGUCUAGUCAGCAGUGUGGUUUUGGAGUCCGACGAUCUGGAUGAGAUCGAUUGGGAGUGGGUGGGGUACAACACUAGUGAAGUGCAGUCCAACUUCUUUGGCAAGGGUAACGAUACCACCUUCGAUCGCGGCGGAAAGCACUAUGUCGCGAACGCAGACACCGAGUUCCACAACUACACCACAUACUGGGACCAGGAUAAACUCCAAUGGUGGAUUGACGGCGAGAUGGUUCGCGAGCUGGACUACUCCGAGGAGUCAACCUUGUUUGGCGAAAACUACCCCCAGACCCCCUGCCGUGUCCAAUUCAGUCUCUGGCCUGCUGGUCAAGAAAAGGCGGCAAAGGGUACCAUCGAGUGGGCUGGUGGCCUUGUCGACUGGGAUGCUGCCCCUUUUAGUAUGACCCUUGGCAAGCUGCGCGUUAAGGAUUUCCACUCUGGCAAGGAGUACAGCUAUGGGGACCACUCGGGUUCCUGGCAGAGCAUCAAAGUCGAGGAUGGAAACUCGACUGUACUGGAGGAACUAAACAAGCCAGCGCCGAAGUCUCUAUCAGAGAAAUGGGACGAUCUCGGCGAGGGAGCCCACAUUGGAGUUUACGUUGGCGCAGCCGCCGCCGCCGCUCUUUGUAUCGGAGCCUUCCUAUUCUUCUGCCUGCGCCAGCGCCGCAAGGGCCGUCUCGAGAACGCGUUGGGUAACAACCCGGUUCCUCUUAACCGUGAUGAGAUGCAGAACUUCCAGAAGGACUGGAGGCAGAGUGAAUGGAAGCAUAAUGGUGGUUACCAGCAGGUUAGCAACUAG